AUGGUGACCCACGAUGGUGACUCCCAGCUGCCUCUUGCUCGUGCGGUCUCGACCACUGAUUUCAAGCACGAUCUGCAGGCCUCCCGUCCGACCUCUUCACGCCCUGCCCAUGUUCCUGGAGGGGACAAAAACUACAGUAGAUCGGCGGCUCUAAGAGCAGGAAGAGCCGUUGGGGUGACCAAGAUUCGACGGGCAAGAGCGGGACGGACGACCACCACUGCUCCACCCAGUCUUCCCGAGGGCGCGGCACCGGAGAUGGCGGGCGAGGGCAAGCCGCGGGGCCCCAGCCUACCAGGUCUUCGUCGGCGAGCCGCCACCGCCGGAGCAGGAGUUGGAGCGCAGAACGUCAACAGCGCACCAAUCCUUCGUUUAGGCGUGGGCGCAGCCGGAGCGGAGACCGUCGUGGGAGAAACACGCCUUCGUCUAGGUGUAGCUGCAGCCGGAGCCAAAACCGGAGCGGGGGCAACAGCAGGGCGACCAGCACUGACAGCGGUCGCGGCGGAAAAAGGGGACGGAAGUCAGGCCACGGUAACAGGCAAGUGA